AUGCAUGAGACACUUGAAGGAUUCAAUUAUAAUAUGGUGGUAUAUGAUCUGGGAUUAUCAAUGGAGCAUAGGAUGGUACUGGAAGAAUUAAAGAAUUCAAGUUAUAUAAGUGAUUUAAGAGUAUUUAAUUUUAGUAAAUAUCCUUCAUUUUGGGAUCUUAAAAAAGGAAGAGGUGAAUAUGCGUGGAAACCUGGAAUGAUUAAAGAGGUAUCAGAAGAUUAUCCUGGCACACUUGUUUGGUUGGAUUCUGGCACAAGAGUCGAAAGAUUUUUUUUCAAAAAAUUAAAAAAUUUUACCAAAAAAUACGGCGGAUUCAUAUCACCAACAUCACCUGGAUUAAUGAAAGAUUGGACUCAUCCUGGCGUAUAUGAUUAUUAUAAAGAUGAUCAUAGUAAAUAUGACAAUUUGUUGAAUUGUAAUGGGGGUUCUGUGAUAUUUGACACAUACAGGGUACAACAUUUGAUCGAUGAAUGGUAUGAUUGUGCGCUGGUUAAAAAUUGUAUAGCCCCAGUUGGUAGUAGUAGAGUUAAUCACAGACAAGAUCAAGCAUUACUGACUUAUCUGGCUGCAAGAGAUAACAGAUAUUGUAAUCAGAACAGAACUGUAUUUGGCAUUUCUAUUCACUUGGAUAAAAGUUGUAAAGAAUUCAUAUCGGAUUAUGAAUUAAAUCACCCAGAUCUUCUAAUCAAACAUUAA